UGAAACCAUGGCCUGGGAAUGCGCAUAGCAAGGAGUAGCGAGAAAUAAAAGGCGAAUAAGUGAAAAAUAAAGAAAAAGUCUGUGCUCCAGGUGGACAUUCUCUAAAACACGCUCUUGAACACGUUAUUAUUCGCUGUCAUAAUCGUCUGCCGUUUUGCUGGCAUUUUCCACACUUAUUAUGCACUCGUUGUGGCCGUGAGAGUGUCGUGAGUGUGAAAAUGGGCCCAAAAUAGAGAAAAAAGAGAGAAAAAUAGGGGGAUAUUCCCAUUUUCUACGCGUGGGCUUUGCCGGCGGACGCGCCUCAUCCCCCUCAUUGUUGACGAAGGAGUGAGGAACAUUUUGCAAUUUUCAUCGAUUUUCUAUGAGUGCGAAGGAGCUUUGUGCCAAUUCCAACUUCAUAUCGGGACGUGCUACUAUGAAGUUAUGGACUACGUAGGGAACACGCCGAAAUGUCUCUGGGAGCGGUGACAGGUGUUAAGAUGGAUCACUUCAGUGUCCUGGAUCCUCGAAAACAAGAGCUUCUGGAGGCACGGAUUGGAGGAAGGGUAAUAGAAACCUCCUUUUUGGUUACCUCAGAUAAUGAGCAUGGUGGAGACGCCCCAAGAAGUGCUAUUUCCCAGUCUAGUCCCCAGUUACCAAUACACAGUAAUACAGGAUCACAAGAAGCAGGGAAACCACUAAUAAAUCUAGGGGAACCAGCAGCAGUACCUCCUCUUCUCCAUAGGGUAGACUCCUCUAUGUACUUGGGUUCCAAGCAAGUCACUCCUUGCUCACCAAAGACCUUACAGGCUAAUGUAGGUGGUCAUGAUGUGAUGAUAAAAAAGAAUACUGGACAGUACGGAUCACAGCCUGAAAUUUCUGUUAGUUCUAACAGACAGGCCCAGAGUGUGUCUUUUGCUCGGAGUAGUACCCAGGGUACAUUAGAAAUAAAAGAAAUUGAUGGAAAUAAGCAUGUGAAUUUGGCUCAGAGCCUUUCACAGAAACGAUUUGAUAAAACACAAGACAGUGACAACAAAAGUAACAAGCACUUCAACUCGGCUGACCAACCAUGUGGAGUUCCUGAUGGUGUCCUGACUGGAGCACCUGAGAUGGACGACAACUCCAAGACUUCUGCUAAGACAAACAAGUCCUCUAACUGUACUGGAACUCCAGACAAGCCCUUGACAGGAGACUUGGAGUUGGAUCCUACAGGUGAACCUGUCAGACCAUCCAGUAAGAAGACUCCCAAAGCCAAGCGUCACCUAACGUCCCCAAGAGGGACCCGCGGAAACCCCAGAUUGGCGGGGGAGGUGGCCAGGGUGGGAGCCAGGUCGGACAGCCAGCUUCAGCUGUUUCUUGAGGCAGGGAGGCUGGAGAAGGUUAGAGAUGCAUUUACUGAUAGUACACUUGCAUUAUUUGGUGUGGGUUUGUUUGAAAAGUACUUGGGAAUUUGUUAAAGAAACUGUAGAUAUUUUUAUUUUAAGAUGCACAAAAAUUAAGCUUCUUUAAAAGUAAGAUUUAAAGUUGAAUACUUAGCUUGGGCAAUAGCUAUUGAUCAAGUUUAGCACUUUUAAGGCUAGUUGAUACUUGCACCUUAUGAAAACAAAGUUGAAAAAAAUAGACACUAAGAUAGAUUGUAUUGAUACUGCAGUAAAGGAAGAACAGAUUACUGGUAUCCCUGUCUCAGGAACACAGAGGGAACAUCCAAAACAGAUUGAUUACUACUCCUGAUUUAAUAAUUUUUGUAUUUCUCCAUCAUUACCAGUCUUGCGAGAUUGAUUUUCACAUGUAAAGCUUUUCAUAUCAAUUCAAGUGCUAUCAGGCAUGUGUUCAAUACUGCUUUCUGUUAUAUUUAUUUUCUUAUGGUGAUUAAACUGUGCAUUUCAUUAGAGAAAAGAUAGAUCAGCUAUUUUAUUUUUGUUUGCUUCUUCUAUAAGAAAUUGUUGUAGAAUGUAAUUCUAAUCCGUUAAAUAUUCUUAAUUUUCAAUGAGGAUCAUACAGUUUUGUCUGCACAUUUAUUUUCUCUUUGCAUUAGGCUAAUUUUAUAAUGAUAGGAAAACAGGACUUAUGUAAAGACUUACAUAUAUUAAGAGUAUUCUAAGCAGGCUAACUGAACAGGCAGACAAUCAAGAAUAUGCAUAAUAUGCUUAUUUUAAACACAUAUCAAAACACAUGAAUGCAUACACAAUAAAAAGAAAAAGAAAAAAAUG